AUGGCAGCCGUGUCCGAUCAGGCCACUAGUGUAUGCACUCACUGUGAUCGGGCCAUCCCUUCAGCAAAUAUUGAUUUGCAUUAUGCUCAUUGCUCUCGGAACCUUGAAAGAUGCAAAAAUUGUUUAGAUAUGGUUCCGAAAACACUUGCCGAGGAGCACUAUUUGAACACACAUGCCCCGGUUGCCUGUUCGCUGUGCAGUGAAACUAUGGAACGUGAUAUUUUAGAUAUCCAUAGAGAUGAAAAGUGUCCUAAAAGGAUGGUCACCUGUGAGUUCUGUGAGUUUCCUUUGCCGGCAAUUGAUCUGGCUGAGCAUCAGGAGGUAUGUGGGAAUCGAACAGAACUUUGUCACCUUUGUAACAAAUAUGUUAGACUGCGUGAAAGAUACAACCAUGAAGAUAGUUGCAAUAGAAUUCAAGAAAAUUCUUCAGGGUCUUCAAGGUACGUAAGGCCAGUUGAAAGAGACGAAGGUCCUCGAAGAAGGCCGCAGAAUGAUUUCUCAAGAAAGCGUGUUUUUUUCACAAUAGCAAUCACCGGUAUUGCUGUUAUUCUGGGGUCUAUAUUUUUCCAGAGAAAGACAGAUCUGAGCAAUUUGCAAUAA